CGGAAGUGAACAAUUUCGUCACUUAGCGUUUUAGUUAUUUAGACGUUUGUUAGAAACUCAAAAUUGUACUUAUUUAACUUCCCAGUAUCACAUACUUACCCCAAAUCGUGUGUAAUUCGUGUUGGUGAAAGUACUUGUUGAUAUAUGUUAUCUAGGUAACGCUAUUUAGCUAGCUGCUAACAAUGGCUGACUGUAACGAUAUGGGUUUUCACACUCAAAUAGCCUCCGUCAUGGAGGUUCUAGCGAAUGCAGCCGUUGCAGAGAUCUGUAAACUCGUAGACGACGACUAUGCAGUGUUUCGUUUGGAAAUUUCUCAAAGCCAGAAAGAAAACAGCGGAUUACGGAGGAAACUACAACUACUGGAACUGAAGGUGGCACGGGAGCAUCGUCCCAGUAGUGUCAAGAUCCUCGACCGAUUCAAAACAGGAUUGGCAAGAGGUGAAGGACAUCUCACUGGAGGCCACAGGAGCUUUGUGAAGCCAGCGGGACACAAUACAUGGAAUGAUGACCAACCAAUUACUGUUGAUGAGGCGAGUGGAUCCUCAACCCAGCACGUUGUCGUGAUAGAGCCUGCAGAUGCAGGUCCUGGGUUCAAGCUAGAGAGGUCUGAAGGAGACGAGGACCCACGGCACAGCAGAAACAUCCAGACUGGAGUCAAGGACCCCACCACCGACGCAGCGCAGCCCAGGACCCAACGCAGCAUCACGGAGGUCAGUGGAACGCUGAACGCCGUCGUGAAGUCAAAGACAGACACCAAGACGUUAACUGUAACACACAGUCUCUUACACACAGGACCUGACCAAAUAUCAGAUCCAGGUCUGGGGACGCUGGGCUGUCCUCCUGCUCCCGGCUCAGACUAUUUACCGGUAUUUCACCAGAGCCAGAGGCCUGUUCAUUCCCGUGGGGAUGGUGAUUGUGACAUGUUAGACACUGGUGGUGAUGAUCCUGCUUGUUCUUACACUACAGAGAAGGACCCUGGCAACAUUCCCCUGGGUUUAGAAACACAGACUGAUCUGUCUAUAGGGGACUGGAAUCAGUACAGUAGUAGUGUAUACUCUGAAGGGUACUUAGAUAAGAAAGGGGAGGGGCUUGUCAUAAAUGAAGUGACUGUGAAAUUGGAGGGCGACGUUCCUUCCACAUGGAAUACAGAUAAUCACCUAGGAGAAGGACACUCGCAGGGCAGAGAUUUUUUAGACUACAGGGAAAGCUUAGAGACAAAUCCAAAUGUUGCGACCCACUCCCCUUUACACACGCUCAGAGAUCGAGACCCUGUGUCCACGUCGAUGGGAUCUUCAGAUUCACACGGCCAUGUCUUUUUCGAUCAGGUAUUGAACUCAAACAACAGGGCUAGAGCCCAGGCUCGGGGAGGGGUAGCAGCAUCAGGCAAUAGUAAAGAGAAACGGUUCCUCUGUAUGUUCUGUAACAAAGGCUUCAGCUGCCCCCAGAAUGUGGCGAUCCACCAGAGGGUCCACACAGGGGAGAAACCAUUCAGCUGCACCCAGUGCCACAUGCGCUUCACCGAGGCUGGCACCCUGAAGCGGCACCAGAGGGUCCACACAGGGGAGAAACCUUACAGCUGCCCCCAGUGCGAGAAGAGGUUCUCCCGCCAGGACAAACUGAAGAGUCACCUGAAGGUUCACACGGGAGAGAGGCCGUUCACCUGUACGCACUGCGGGAAGAGGUUCUCUGAGAGGAGCUACCUCAGAAUACAUCAGGAGAAAACCCACUCCACUCUAUAACAUAGAAAGUAACCAUUCCAUUUGAUAGCUUCUGACGUUUAGAUCAAAGCCUGCAUUAAAGGUAGACUUUCAAGCCUUUGAGUCAGUCUGGGCCAGCAUCCCUGUUGAACGCUUUCAUGCCCCAACGAAUUGAGGCUGUACUGAGGGCCAAAGGAGGUGCAACUCCAUAUUAGGAAGGUCAAGUCAAAUUGUAUUUGUCACAUGCACCGAAUACAACAGGUAGACCUUACAGUGAAAUGCUUACUCACGAGCCCUUAACCAACAAUGCAGUUUUAAGAAAAAUAAGUGUUAAGAAGUAAAAUGACAGUAGCGAGGCUAUAUACAGGAGGUACCGGUACAGAGUCAGGAGUCUUGUGACUUGGGGGUAGAAGCUGGUAAGAAGCCUUUUGGACCUAGAAUUGGUGCUCCGGUACCGCUUGCCGUGCGGUAGCAGAGAGAACAUAAGGUGUUCCUAAUGUUUUGUACACUCACUGUAUAAGACAUGCAUAUGCCUAAAAAGUAUUUAACGUAUUGUUUGUACUCUGUAGGCUAUAUAAUGUUCACAACUGCAUCUUUCAUUACUUCCAUUGAACUACUUAAUUUUUUCCCACAAUAUUAUUUUAAUGUGAAAAUGAAGUUCAUGCAGCUCUGUAGUUGAGGUGUGUGUGUGUGUGGUUUUCAUAUGGUGUAUUAACUUGUUUAUGUUUAAUAAACACAAAAUGGGACUUUU